UAUUACCCGGUAAUCCAUCAUCUCUGUCAUUUCUGACGAGAUCACUCAAAUCUUACUCGACAGUAGCGACUGUCUUCUAGCUAGGACAGCAGACUUCGUCAACUUCGUGUCUAGCCCCCAGCGCUAGCAUUCUGAGCCGCUGCCUGCCGGAACUAUUCAGAAAAAGGAGAUGACAUCUCACUCGAGCCGGAGUGGAAGUCACAAACAUGGGAGGAAGGGAGAAAAGAAGGACAGAGAGCACAAGUCAAGAGAACCCAGUCGCAAGCAGGAAGUGCCCUUAUCAUACUUCAGCUUUCUUUUUAUUGUCAACGAGUUCCUGAUACACGAAGUUGACGACGAGGGCCACAAUAUCGAACCAGUUGUUGACCGGUACGGCAACUGGCUCCCACCCGAAUCUGCUGAUAGCUAUGGCAUGAAGAAAAUUGGCCAGGUGUGGCGAUUUGCGAACGGCGUCAUCACUCCCGCUGGAAGUCAGUUCGAGUGGUAUCGCGAACGGAUGGGACUCCCUGGGAAGAUCUAUGGUCCAAUCCCGGCGAAAAACUACCAGACUGAAGAGUUGCGGGAAUACAAGACUUACAGCGUCUUCAACUGCUGGCGCUUCCUCCCAUGCCUAUGUACCGAUGUCGACGUCUCUACUGUCGAUGGCACACCUUUUGGUGGGUGGCACAGCCUUGCGUUCUCACAACCUGACGAACAGAACCCUGGAUUGACGCGGAUCGUCUAUCCCGGGGGACCCCAACGACAUGUUUCUGGACGCGAUCCAGCUUGGUUGCCUCAUCUCCUACCACACACGUUCGCCACGCCAGAUCCCUCAGCUCCACGGUCCAUAGGCCUGGGUGGUGACUUACCCAUCAUCCUUGCCCUCUUGGCUCUGAUGAAGAAGCCGGAUCAUACAGACGACGUUUUCCAGCAUGGCUUGUGGAACAGGAAUGGUUCCGGUUUCAGCGACCGGCGAUCUUCUCAGGCAGACCCCGACCCCACCGGCUCUCCGCGUGGUGUGAUGGUGCAGAUCUGCUGCGAUAGCUAUAAUGCCGAUUCGACCCCUGAAAUCAUCGCGGAUUUCGAGGCACGAGGCUACGUCAUUCCCGGCUGAGCGCUAGUCCCCUCUUCUUUGAAGCCGUGGCACAAUGCCGCAUCGAGUCCUCUCUUUCUAUCUUGGCAACGUCUUAACAACAUAUAUACCCAUUUAAACUAGCAGUAACGAAUAUUUCAAUCAUCCAGUGUAGUGCUCUCAGCGUAAGGGGAAGGAAGUUUAGGAUGCUCAUGAUUAACGAAUAACCUUGGGGUCAGAGAUGGAGAAUGAAGCUCUUCUAGGGGCAGUCACACGCAGGACAUCUUUCCUAGGGCGCACACAAUUUUGACAUGUUGAAUUUUG